AUGACGAUACUCGAGAAAGCAAAAGGACGCGAAUUGUACGAUUCCAUGGGCCAACCAAAAAGAAUUGUUGGUCCAAUGGUGGAUCAAUCGGAAUUGGCAUGGAGGAUUCUUUCACGGAGAUAUGGCGCUGACUUAUGCUACACUCCUAUGUUUCAUGCAAAAUUGUUUGCUACUGAGCAGAAGUAUAGAGACAAUAUGUGGAGUGAAUUGGAUGGUGAUUUUGAGAAAGAUAGGCCCUUAAUAGUUCAAUUUUGUGCUAAUGAUCCCGACUACUUACUACAAGCAGCAAAAUUCGUAGAAGACAAAUGUGAUGCAGUAGAUUUGAACCUUGGUUGUCCUCAAGGAAUUGCAAAGAAGGGAAAAUAUGGAGCAUUUUUGAUGGAUGACUGGGAUUUAGUCCAUACUUUAAUAAAGAACUUGCAUGAUAAUCUAAAAGUCCCUGUGACUGCAAAAAUACGAAUCUACGAUGAUUGGGAGAAAUCACUCCAGUAUGCAAAGAUGAUUUUGGAUGCUGGAGCUCAAUUUAUUACUGUACAUGGUAGAACAAGGGAUAUGAAAGGACAGGCAACAGGUUUGGCAAAUUGGAAGGUCUUGAGAUAUUUGCGUGAGAAUUUGCCUAAGGAUCAAGUAUUUUUCGCAAAUGGAAACAUAUUGUAUCCGUCAGACCUAGGCAGAUGUGAAAAUGAAACUCAAUGUGACGCUGUUAUGUCAGCAGAAGGUAAUUUAUAUAAUCCAGGUGUUUUUUGGACAAACUCAGCAGAUAAGGAUAGACAAUUUUCUAGAGUAGACAAGAUGUUGAGAGAGUAUUUUGAGAUUGUCAAGAUAUGCCCCGGUUCAGCUUCGAGACACGCAAUGAAAGCACACUUCUUCAAAUUAUUGCAUGCAUUUUUGAAUACUCACAAAGAGUUGCGCCCAAUAAUAGGUAGGACUAGUGUACAUGCCUGUUUAGAAGAUUGGGAAGCAAUCGUAGUUAGGGUUGAAGAAAUUGUGACUGAAAUUUUCAGUAGACCCGAUAUUAACGAAAUUGACAAAAUAACUACAGGUCAAAUCCAACAUUGGGGUGGCUCGUAUAAAGAAGUGCCUUACUGGAGGUGUCAGCCUUAUUUCCGAACUGUGGACGGUGAAAAGCAAAAUACUAGAGUUCUCAAGAUUGCUGGAGAUAAAACUUCUAUUGAAUCUAAUAAUAAGCGCAAAAAUUCUAUUUCCCUCGAGCAAGAUUCCACUAAGAAGAUCAAAGACGAACAAUAG